CGCACCGUGAUCGGGUCAGACAGGACAGGUGAGUUUCACCUGCGGCUCGGUGAGCUCACAUCUGCUCCGGAACUAAAGGAGGGCGGCUCACAGGCUGUUUCAACCUGAGGACCAACACACGGAGGAAUAUCAGCAGCGAGCACAGAGACCAGGUCCUGAUGUCUUCAGGAGGAGUUGGUUCUGUCACCAGGUUCGACCGGGUGCGAGAGGUCCCUCUCUAUGACCAGGUCCCUCUGGACCCCAUAUGGUAUGACAAGGAUUUUCCCCUGCCCCCGGGGCCCAUGCAUGGAGCAGUGCAAGCUGUCAGCUUAGACCCCCUUCCCCCUCCACCUCUACCUGGUCAGCCAGCUGUUGGUCCUGAAUCUUUCUACCCCCCCAGCGAUGAAGACCCAGCGGAGAGCGAUUGUGACGCCAUGGACAUUAAGCCAGUCCAUCGUUUUAUCCCCGACUCUGUCAAGAACUUCUUCCGGGGCAAUAGCGGCAGCCGUGACAGCAAGGGGUUUUCCAUCCCUUCGUCAACUGCCCCUCACUCGCCUGCACCCUCAUCCAUGAAGAGUUCCAACCGCCGCACCACAGCAGGGGUCCCUUGCUCACCUCCCCACUCUGCCCCUCCAUCUCCGUCCCUUCCUGGCUCCUAUUGGGGCCGCAACGGAGGCUCCGCAAGCAGCUACAACGUUCAUAAGGAAGACGGACUGCUGCUGGGAUCUGAAGCCCUCAGCUCUGCAUCUGCAGUGCCCACCAAUCUAUCAACACAGACCUAUCAGGAGCGGGUAGAGGAGUACCACCUGCGCUAUGCCUACAUGAAGUCCUGGGCUGGCCUGCUGAGAAUCUUGGGCUGCGUGGAGCUACUGCUUGGAGCGGCUGUGUUUGCCUGUGUCUGCGCAUAUGUUCACAAAGACAACGAGUGGUUUAAUAUGUAUGGAUACUCUGGGCCACAGAUGUAUGGAGGACUUGGUGGAGGAGCAGGUGGAUAUGGGGGCAGUUACUACACAGGCCCCAAAACUCCAUUUGUCCUGGUGGUGGCUGGUCUAGCAUGGAUAGUGACUGUUAUUCUAGUCGUUCUUGGGAUGUCCAUGUAUUACAGAGCCAUCCUUCUAGACUCUUCCUGGUGGCCACUCACAGAGUGUUCCAUCAACCUGGUGUUGGCUGUGCUCUACAUAGCAGCAGGGGUGGUGUAUGUCAGGGACACCACCCGAGGGGGGAUGUGCAACAUACCAGUCUUCAAUAAUGGAAUAAACGGGGCGUUUUGUCGCACAGAGGCUGGUCAGACGGCAGCCAUCGUCUUCCUCUUCAUCACCAUGGUGCUCUACUUCAUUAGUGCAGGAGUGUGUCUGAAGCUGUGGAGGCAUGAAGUGGCCAGGAUGAGGAGAGAGGCAAUGGAACAGGAGAUGAAAACUACUGCAUCAUCAGUCCCUCUGUCUAUACUGGGUCCAGGCUCCAGGGCCUCCGAGCAGACUCCUCUCCCCACCAUCCAGCCAGACCUCAUGGACGCCAUUAACAACUCUGCAGCUGCUCCUGUGAGGAUGCUGGAGCCAGAGAUCCUCCAAGGUCACAUACCGGCCGGACACAUCCCCAAACCUGUAGUCAUAGCCGACUAUGUGGCGAAAUACCCCAGCAUACGCUCAGAGGAGGAGAGGGACCAGUACAAGGCUGUGUUCAAUGACCAAUAUGCUGAGUAUAAGGAGCUGCACAAUGAGGUUCAGGCAAUGGCUUCUAAGUUUGAGGAGAUGGACGAUAUGAUACAGAACCUUCCCUCCCGGCCAUCAAGCCAAAUGGAGAAGGAGCGGAUCAGUGGCAUUUUAAUGGAAUAUCAGAGGAAGAAAACUGACCCGACAUAUUUGGAAAAAAGGGAGAGGUGUGAGUACCUGAAGAACAAGCUCUCUCACAUCAAACAGAAGAUCAAUGAGUACAACAAGGUCACGGACUGGAACAAUGGCAAAUGAACAUGGGGGGUUAUACAUUUAACAUGACACACUACACAUGCAGUCUGCGACACAUAAGAAUACAUGCUCUUUUGCACGUGUUACUGACGUGGCGAUUGUCAUCAACUUGCCAUUUCAUCCAGAGAUAAGACGAUGAAUAUCAGUUUCAUCCCCGUGUCUCCAGUCUGGUGUGUGUUUAGUCCAGGGUGGCAGAAAAACGUGGAGACAGAUGGAAACUCUUUAACUGGCUCCAGCAAAGAGGCCAAUCUGUGGAUGCUAAAGACACUUUGGUGCACAUCACUGGAUGCAUGUGUUGGCUGAAGUAAUGCCUAGAAACGGGUUCUGGGGUUGACUCAACACUGCCUGGAAGGAUCCAUCAAAUGAUCCAGAUGUAAAUAAAGCAGAUGUGAAAGUUAAUGACGGCUGAUGUAUAAAGGAAGAGUAACUGUGCUGCAGCAGACAGAGGUGUCAGCAGAAGAUUGUUGUAGGUUAGGUUAACAGUUUAUUUUUGUUCAGAUAUGUUUCUAUAUACUGUUCUCUUUGUCAUACAGUGGAGGCUGAUCUAGUUUUCAUCAUGUUAUUAGAUUUUAUAUUUUAGAUUUUUACUAAAAGCUCUCUCCAAAGUUAAAGAUCAUUGUUUUAAUAAUUUCACUCACUUUGUAAACUUUUGUAUAUUCAUGUUUAAUUGAUUUGUGUUUAUCUUUUCAAUACCAUUUAAGCACCUUUUUUUAAUUUUUUUUUUUUUACAUACUUGUAUUUUGCCUUUACAAAAAAGAAAACUUUAACCAUGAAACUACCGCACUGUUUUUGUGACUACCAUUCACCAUGACCAUUUAAGCUCACUUAUUGCAGGGCAGUGGCAAUGAAUGAGGGAAGCCAGCGAAGUUAGAACUUGGAUAAAGUGUGAAAUCAAAACAAAGCUACAAGUUUCUUUGUCUGUUUGAAAUCA